AUGCCCGAGCCUGCGCCCUUGGCCGUCCCUCCCGGACCCCACACUCCUGGCUGCCGCCCCCAGCCCUGCACCCGUGGUUUCCUCUGCACCCUUGCAUCCUUGCCAUCCCUCCCGGCUCCCACGCUCCUGGCCACUCCCCCACGGCACUGCAGCCAGUCAGCCCACCCACUCAGCUCUGCACCCCUGGUUCUUGACUCAGUGAUGCAGAGUGGACGGGAGCCACAGCCUGGCCUCUCAGUGCAGCCUGACACUAGCUGGUGCCCAGAGGAGACCCCUUCCCUCCUGUGGGGCCUGGAUCCUGUGUUUCUAGCCUUUGCAAAGCUCUAUGUGAGGGACAUCCUGGACCUGAAGGAGUCCUGCCAGGUGCCAGGCAUAUUUUUGUACAAUGGACAUCCCAUAAAGCAGGUGGACGUCUUGGGAACUGUUGUUGCGGUGCGAGAAAGAGACGCCUUCUACGGUUACGGAGUGGAUGACAGCACUGGGGUCAUAAACUGCGUCUGCUGGAAGCCGCUGAGCAGCACAGAGGCCUUUUCAGCUACCCCCAGCACUGCCCGAGAGCCGAGUUUAAGCUCACAACUCAGGAAGCUGCGAGAGACCACCGCCCAGAGAAUGAAGGUGGAGAUCGGGGACCUCAUCCGCAUCAGAGGCUAUGUCCGCACAUACAGAGAAGAGCGAGAAAUCCAUGCCACUGCUUACUAUAAAGUGGAUGAUCCCGUGUGGAGUGUGCAAACUGCAAGGAUGCUUGAGCUGCCUACACUCUACAGGAAAGUGUACGACCAGCCUUUCUGCAGCCCAGCCCUGCAGGAGGAAGAGGCGCCCAGCAAUCCAGGCACCCUGGACCUCCCCGGCCUCACAUGCUUGCUGAGUGAGAAAGCCAGUGAGUUCCUCGUGGAGCACAGAGUGAAGACCUUCUACCAGCAGGAGCUGGAGGUGGUGGAGUCUCUGCUGUCCCUCGCCAACCAGCCUGUGACUCUUGGUGCCUGCUCCGACCAGGAGGUUUUUAGAAAGGACACCACUCCCAAGGCAAUCCACGGUAUAUUUAAGAACGCCAUACAGCUGCUGCAGGAAAAAGGACUUGUUUUCCAGAAAGAUGGUGGCUUUGAAAGCCUGUACUACGUAACCAGAGAAGACAAGGGCCUGCACAGAAAGAUCCACCAGAUCAUUCAGGAAGACUGCCAGAAACCGAAGCAUGCGGACAAGGGCUGCCACUUCCUGCACAUCCUGGCCUGCGCGCGCCUGCGUGUCCUCCCAGGCCUGAGCGAGGCUGUGCUGCAGCGGGUCCUGGAGCUCCUGGAGGACCAGAGCGACAUCGUCAGCACCACGGAGCGCUGCUACGCGGCGUUCUGAGGAGGGAGCC